AUGCAAACAGCAAUUGUGAUAACAGUUCCUCAGUGUCAGCUUCUUCUGCACAUCAAGGAGACUACGGCCAAACAAGUCACAAUCAUUGGAGCUGGCAUGAGUGGCCUGACCUCCAUCAAAUGUUGUUUGGAAGAGGGACUGGAGCCCACCUGUUUUGAGAGAAGUGAUGACAUUGGGGGUCUGUGGAAAUUUACUUUGAAUCUUCCACUCCUUCAAGAAACCUCUGGACAUGGAAAAACCCAAGUCUACAAAUCUGUGGUGACCAAUGUGACCAAGGAGAUGAGUUGUUACAGUGACUUCCCCUUCCAGGAAGAUUUUCCCAACUACAUGAACCAAGCAAAGAUGUUGGAAUAUCUUCGCUCCUAUGCUAAGCACUUCGACCUUCUGAAGGUAAGAAACUUUAGAUGCUUGAGAACUGAAGAAACGACUGUGUGCAGCGUGACAAAGAGUCCAGAUUUCUCUGCCAGUGGGCAGUGGGAAGUGGUGACAGAGGCAGGGGGAAAGCAAGAUACUGCUGUCUUUGAUGUAGUCAUGAUCUGCACAGGGCACUACCUGAAUCCUCACUUGCUUUUACACCCCUUUCCUGGAAUCAACAAAUUUCAAGGACAGAUCCUGCACAGUCGGGAAUACAGGCACCCAGAAACUUUUCAGGGCAAAAGGGUCCUCAUGAUUGGUCUUGGGAAUACUGGUGGUGAUAUUGCGGUGGAACUCAGUCGUGUGGCAUCUUGGGUGUUUCUCAGUACUAGAAGUGGUACCUGGGUCCUUAGCCGUCUUUCUAAAGAUGGCUACCCCACUUUUAUGAUCUUCAUAACAAGAUUUCAUCAGAUGGUUUCAUCCAUGCUGCCUUCAUCCAUGAAAGACUAUAUGAUUAUGAAACAAAUUUCAAAAUGCUUUAACCGUAAGAAUUAUGGAUUGGGUAUUCCUAAGGGGCAAACCCAAAGCUUGAUUAUAAAUGAUGAACUGCCAAGCUGUAUCCUUUGUGGUACCAUCACUGUUAAGACCAAUGUGGAAGAAUUUACAUAAACUUCUGCCACCUUUGAAGAUGGGACAAUGGAAGAGGACAUUGAUGCAGUGAUUUUUGCUACAGGAUUCACAUUCUCUUUUCCCUUCCUUGAAGAACCUACAAAAAGUCUGUGCGAAAAAAAGAUCUACCUAUACAAUGUGUUUCCUUCAAACCUGGAAAAGCCAACAAUGGCUGUUAUGGGCCAUGUCAGCCUUAAAGGAGCCUUCUUGCCAGGUGCAGAACUCCAGAGAAGAUGGGCCACAAGAGUCUUUAAGGGGUUAUGCAAGAUACCUCCAACAAAUCAAAUGAUGGCAGAGGCUACCAAGAAGGAGCAGCUUGUUAAAAGGGGCAUCAUUAUGAAUCCCAUCAAAGAAACACUGGAAUAUAUCACCUUCAUGGAUGAACUUGCUAUAUGCAUAGGAGCAAAGCCCAAUUUAUCACUGUUUCUUAAGGAUCCCAGGCUGGGAAAGGAAGUUUUCUUUGGUCCCUGUACCUCUUACCAGUACCGACUGAUGGGACCUGGGAAAUGGGAUGGAGCCAGAAAUGCCAUCUUGACUCAAUGGGACCGAACCUUCAAACCCUUACAAACUCGAAUUGUUGCUGAUGUUUCUGAGCCUGGUGCUGUACCUCACUGGCUAAAAAUCUGGAGUGGGGCAUCUGUGCUAUUUUUUGCUGUUCUGCUUGCUUAUAAAUCUUCAUUUCAUAUAAGACUGGCUAGAGUUAAUGAACUGAGGAAUAGAUUUUCCACCUACCUAGUCAGUCACUGGAAAGCAUGACUACCUCCUUGCAACAAGAACUCCCUCCUACCUCCUUUCCCUUCCACAUUCCAUAACCUUCAUCACAGGGCAGGAAUCAUAUAGAAUGGUCCUAGAACAAAGACUGCUAAGAUUAGAUGGCACAAUUUGGUCUACUUUUGCUGAUGCAUUUAUUCCUCUCUGUCUUUGCUGACUGUGCUCUGCUUCCUUGCUUAAACAACUUGUUAAUGCCUGUAAUCAUUUACCCUUGGGCUUUACCCCCUUCUCUGGCUUUGACAACCUCCUCCACUUGAACCACGACUCUCAAUACUUACCUCUUCCAAUUCUCUUAUCCCAUUAUACCUAUAACUCAGAAUGGGACCAAAUUGAAUAGUGAAUGUCAUUGUCCCCUUUGGCCUCUUCUCUGACAGUUUGCAUAGUACUAUUUCUCCACCUUCAAUUUACUUUCUAUAGAAUCUAUACCUUCUUGCCAGGACUGAUUACCCAACAAUCCCUUAUGCUAUCACAGUAGCCUACACAAAUACUUGUGUAAGUAUUGUACUUACCCAAUUUUAUCUUUCCCUUUCUACCCCACCACCAGACUCAGCAAACUUUCUUGUUGCUAUUGAGAUAAUCUUUUAAGACACUCAAGCUAAAUAACUCUGAGGUACCGCAUCACACCUGUCAGAUUGGCCAACAUGACAAAACAGGAAAACAAUAAAUGUUGGAGA